AUGUCAUCAUCAUUUAUAACAGUUGAAAUAGUACGUGCUGGCCUUAGUUUAUUACCAUUUACUGCUAUUGGAUUCAUUAUCAUGUGCAUAUUUUCUACCGUAACAACAAUUAUCAGUUCUUUACUGGUUUCACAAUUUCAAUAUUGCAAGAUUGUGGUAGCGGUGGUAGCUUGCGUGUCACCACUUUUAGCGUGUAGUACAGCACUCGGUAUUCUGCUAUGGUGCGGUUUACGAUUUGGUUCCAUCUUGUGUGUCACACCAUUACUGGUAUUGGCCAUUGGUGUUGAUGAUGCAUUUUUGAUGAUAAACUACUGGCAACAACAGAUUUAUCAACAAAAAAUGAUAACAAAAGAACUGUUUAAAGACAACGAAAUGGAAAGACUAUGUGAAAGAAUGUGCAAUAUGCUACAAGAAGUUGGUCCUUCGGUUACAAUAACAACAUUAACGAAUGUGCUAGCAUUUUGUGUUGGAGCGCUUUCACCAAUACCCGAAAUUCAAGUUUUUUGCAUUGGAAGUGCUGCAGCCAUGAUCGUUGACUUUAUCUAUCAGAUAACACUAUUCGCUGCAAUAAUGGUAGUGGUAGGAGGUCGUGAACUGCAGCUUGAAAAGUCUAUGCAUGCAAUGGAACAUAAGAAACGUAGAAAUUUUGACGAUCUGAAUUCUUUACUCAAAAAUUUACUGAACAGAUAUUGCUCUAUUUUGUGUACCACAUCGUUCUCAGUGUUUGCCGUUGCCGGUCUGCUCUUGUUCUGGUCAAUAUCAAUAUACGGGGCUCUCACCAUUAGUGUUGAAUUGAAACCUGAGAAAUUGAUAAAGCAGGAUUCAGAUAUUGUGAAGGUAUUACAACUACGGGAUGAAUAUAUCAUGCCAUAUUAUGCUCCAGCACUUAUCUUCGUUGGUAGGCCAGGAAAUUUGAAUAAUUCUAAUAGUAUUCUCAUGUUGCAUAAGAUCGUUGAUGAUUUCGAAGCAUUACCAAGUUCAGUAGGACAAGCAGCAACAAAAUUUUGGCUAAGAGAUUAUGUUGAUUACAUCGAUGAUGCUGAUAUCACUGAUACAGAGCAAGUUUCAUUUGAUGGAUCAUGA